GGUCUGAGAUGCCACACAACAAUUAGAAGAAGCUUCUCUGAAAACUCACUCAAUCAAAACGCUCUUUUGCCUGUGUUACGCAGUGCGAUGCUCUUCUUUCAUUCCUUGGUCUCUUUAUGCUUCAGAAACGACAACGUUAACUCUUCUACUACUUCUUACAUCACAUCACACACACCAUUAACUUUCAACCUCGAUCUUCGAGUGGUUUGGUGAAGAACUCCUGCCUCUGCCACACUCAUUAAUUUCCCAAUUGCCCAGCCCGGAAGCUAAAGGUAUGCAUAUAUAUCAUAUCAACGUCACCCUUCAUUUUUCUCUCUGUUUUCCAUUCCAAACUUAAUUCAAACCUUUAUUUCCUGUGAGCAUUUAUUGAGAUAGAUGGCUGUCCAACCGCAUCCUUCACAGGAUUUAAUUUCCGUUUUUCCAAAGUCAACCGUAUAUUUAAACGCUUUUCCAACUUCCUCAAAAGCCUAACUCUUUAUUACAGCAGAAAGCUGAUGAUUACACCGUUCCCUCAAAUCCAAGUUUCAUUUCGCAUCCAGAGAUGUUCCACCGCAGCACAAAGUUCGCACUGCUUCUCUCCAUCUUCGUUUUCUGUUCAACCAUCGCCCGAACCAGCAGCAACUGCCAGCCCAGUUGCGGUUGCGGACAACAUUCCCUAAAAUACCCUUUUGGGUUCUGUUCUUACAGCAAAGUCAAACUAAACUGCAGCAGCGACAGUACGAAAGUCAAAAUCGGCGAGUUCGAGGUUCAGAAUAUAACCUCUGAUAGCAUAUUCGUGAGUCUUCCGGUGAAGUGCAACCGCAGCUUGGGAAUCAUAGACCCUCUUUUCGGUGUCAACUUUGCUCCUACGUUCAACAAUAGCUUUCUGUUGCAGGGUUGCAAGUCCAAACAGAAUGGCUGCGAUACUACCCCAUCGAGUUUCGUUGGCGAGCACGGCCCAGUGGAGGGGUGUGAUUGGAAAAACAAAAGUGAAAAUUUUAUUUGCUUCAAGCGGUUGCCGCGUAAUAAUAGUUCGCGUGAAUAUGUGCUCCAGAGUGAUUUGAAAGGAAUUGGGUGUAGCUUCUUGUUUUCUGCCAUUGCUUAUGAUAAGAGUAAAGGAAAAGAGCUUUCGCUACAAUUACAGAUGCUUGAGUUGGGGUGGUGGCUCAAAGGGCCCUGUAAUUGCUCCAACAAUGCAUCCUGCACGGUGGUCAAGCUUGCCACAGGAGAUCCAGGCUACCGGUGCCGGUGCCAUGAAGGUUUCGUAGGCGACGGUUUCAAAGACGGCGAUGGCUGCCGGAGUACCUUUUCAGCAGUUCCUCAAUGCAAACCUUCAACACUAUGGCCUGGCAGAUGUAGAAAAGCAAUCAAAAUCGGUGUCCUUGUUGGAGGGGUGAUAAUUGUGGCUACUCUGGUGGUUGCUCUGUCUCUUCUAUGUUACUUUACUAGGCGUCGUUCCUCUUGGCUGAGAAAACAAGUUACAGUAAAGCGCUUAUUACGAGAAGCUGCGGGCGACUCUAUUGUUCCUCUAUAUCCGUACAAAGAAAUAGAAAGAGCCACAAGUUUUUUCGAUGAAAAACAUAGGCUGGGAACUGGGGCAUUUGGCACAGUUUAUGCUGGACACCUUCACAACGAUGAGUGCGUUGCUAUAAAAAAGAUUAAGUAUAGAGACACCAAUAGUGUUGACCAAGUCAUAAACGAGAUCAAGCUCCUUUCUUCAGUGAGUCACCCAAACUUAGUGCGCCUCCUAGGUUGCUGCAUAGAAGGGGGAGAACAGAUACUUGUGUAUGAGUAUAUGCCCAAUGGAACACUAUCUGAACAUUUGCAAAGGGAGAGGGGCGGAAUACUUUCAUGGACAACAAGACUAACCAUUGCUACAGAAACUGCUAAUGCUAUAGCAUAUCUCCAUUCUGCCAUUAACCCUCCGAUAUAUCACAGAGACAUAAAAUCCAGCAACAUACUCUUGGACUACAGUUUUCAAUCAAAAGUGGCAGAUUUUGGGCUUUCUAGGCUUGGAAUGUCAGAAACAUCACAUAUCUCAACCGCCCCACAAGGGACCCCGGGCUAUGUUGAUCCCCAAUACCACCAGAACUUUCACCUUUCUGAUAAAAGUGAUGUCUACAGUUUUGGAGUGGUUUUGGUAGAGAUAAUAAGUGCAAUGAAAGUGGUUGAUUUUUCGCGACCUACAAGUGAAAUCAAUUUGGCUGCACUUGCAGUUGAAAGGAUUAGGAGGGGUUGUCUCGAUGAUAUCAUUGAUCCCUUCCUUGAGCCACAUAGGGAUGCUUGGACACUCUAUUCUGUUCACAAGGUGGCUGAGCUUGCAUUUAGAUGCCUUGCUUUUCAUAGUGACAUGAGGCCUACCAUGAUUGAAGUGGCUGAGGAGCUUGAAGUUAUCAGACGCAGUGAGUGGGAAGCUUUGGAGGAAACCAUAUGCACAGCUUCAUCGGUUGGGUCCGUUUGUUCAUCGCCUCGAAUAGGAAGAGAGAAUUCAUUGGUUGGUGUUAGUUUUGAGAGAGUUGCAGGGCAAGGGAGUGAGACAUUGAUUGUUCCACCCAAGAGUGAAAUGUUUUUGCAAUCAGUGAAGGAAGUGAAGGACAACUCUCCUGUAUCUGUGCAUGAUGCUUGGCUCAGUGGAACUAGCUCACCUUCUACAAAUUGCUAGUUAGUAAAUAUACUUAUUUUGGGUGAAAUACCCAUUAUUUGAAUGGCAAACGUCAUUCAAUGGUUUUCUUUUUUCUUUUUCAAUUGUAGGAUAUAUAGCCAUCUGGAUGAUGAUUGGCAUCGAGAUUCUUCUUUCUUUCUCUCUGAAUCGUACCAACAAUGUCCAAGACAAUUUAAUUAUGUUCACCGAUCCUAUGUACUCAAUAUACAGAAUUAAUCUAUUCACUAUUCUUUGUUCGUAAGAAA